AUGACAUUCAAUUCUGACUCUGAUUCCUGUAGCAUGGAUUCCCAUUCCUCUGAUUUCAAUGAUGGAGCUGAAGUCAUCUUGAUGGACGCUGACUUCAAGAUUGAGGCUCCUGGAGGAGGCGAAGGGGACAGUCAAUCAAGGAGCUCUACCCCGGAAAGUCACAAGGACUGCGGCGGCCCUGAAUAUUGUGCGUAUGGACAAGGCUGCCAUGCAUAUUCCUGUGGUUGCUAUAAUUAUAGGGAGAUGGAAAGGUACAAAUACCUCAAACUCUCACCUCCAGACCUAGUAGAGCAGUGCGUGCUCAGUUUUUUCAUCAAUCCUGUGAAUGAGGUACUCACCACUGCACAGACUCUGCAUAGCUCCUCCCGCGACAUUACCGACAUGCAGACAGGAUCAGUGCCCGACAUCAAACUUCCGCUAUCGAAGUGCAGGAAGCUCGGCGAGCAAUCCGAAUCGUUCAAAGGGGGAUUAGCUCAAUCCCUGGUUGAGAUCAGACAAGAAGUUGUGGUCUUGGGGGAAGCUCUGAUUAAGGUCAAAAAAGGUCUUCGUAGGCACGGAGCCACUAUCCUUGCGAUCUGUGAAGUCUUAGCUACUGUCACUGAUCAGGAGGGGGGUUGCGAGUGCUAA